AUGGCUGAGAACCCUAAAAUUGAUAAGAAAUGGGAGAACAUCAACAAGUACUUCAAGAAGGUCAAGGACAGCAACAAAAAACGCCGCCACGACUCCAAAACCUGCCCCUAUUUCGACGAACUCGACGCCCUCUACCGGAGCAAGAUUAUUACUAUUCCCGACGCUCCCGCCAUCGCUACCGCUACUGCCAGUACAACCCCAUCUUCACCCAUUCUUCCAAUUCCACAAUCUCAACCACACAACACUGCCACUGCUGAUUUGUCCGCCAGCCUCUUUGGAGAACCAACGGAAGAACCCGCGCCCACGAAGCCAGAAGACAUUGUGAAUGAGUUGAUGGAGCUGCAAGAGCUUUAUGAUGAUGAGCAUCAUCACCCUCAACGCCCACACUUUGUACCACAACCCGGUAGCAACGGAGACGAAGAAGACGAUGAUGACGACUAUUGCAGCGGCGGCGACGACGUGCCGGAGGGAAAGAGGAAUAGUAUGGAUUAUAAGAUAGAGUUUCAGAGACGAAAUGUGGGGAACUCCAAUGGCGUUGGGAGUGAGUUUCCAUCAAUGGCGGUGGUUCAAUAGUACUGUGAGCUCACAAAAUUAAUUAAAAUGCUUUGAUAUUUAUUAUUAUAUCCAAAUCCCUCAUGAUCUCCAUAAACAACACAAAAACCACAUCAUCUGUUUCAUUAUUUACACCAAAACAAUUCCUAACCCAUUUUCUUUUACAAUCCCAUUUUUUUUCCCCAGAAAAUUUCAUUGCCGAGAUACAGUCUUUUCUAAUUUCUCAUACUCUUCCCUUUUUCUGCCUUCUUUGUGUCUAGCUACCAGCAUAUAGAUCAAGAUCGUAUGCUUUUGACUACUGUUGAAAUUUUCUUUAUUUAUCAUAUUCUUCUCAAUUCUUGUAUUAAAUUUGAGAGGGGAAAAAAUAAACGAACUCUUUCAGUUUGGAGUCAAAAUUCAGUAGGAGAUGGAGAAGAAGAAGAAAGAAAAAAAAAAAAAAUUUCUUUCAUGUCAUUGUCAUAUUCUUCAUCAAGAUUUGUAUUAUUUCAUUCUUUUGCUGAAUAACUUUGUGAUAUUAUUAAUUA